UCGCCGCCGCCGCCACCGCCUCCAUUUUCCCUCGGCCCCUCGGGUAAGGCCGCGCCGGGCCCGGUGAGGCGGCGGUCGGCGGCGGUCCCUUACCGGGGGAAGGGCGAACCCGCGUUUGUCCCGGCCCGGGUGUCACGCCCGAGCCGGCGCCGCGGCGGCUCCGAGCCCCGGUGGAGGCGGCAGGGACGUGCCCGAGCUGCUGUGUGAGAGAUUGCAGCCAUGUCUGACUUUGUGGAGAGCGAAGCAGAGGAGUCAGAGGAGGAGUACAACCAGGAUGGGGAGGUUGUACCCAGAGUAACCAAGAAGUUUGUGGAGGAAGAUGAGGAUGAUGAGGAAGAGGAGGAGCUGAACCUCGAUGAUCAGGAUGAGCAGGGGAACCUGAAAGGAUUCAUUAACGAUGAUGACGAUGAGGAAGAGGAGGAGGAAGCCAGUGACUCUGGAGACUCCGAGGAUGAUGUUGGCCACAAAAAGAGAAAGCGCACUUUUGAUGACCGCCUGGAGGAUGAUGACUUUGACCUCAUUGAAGAAAACUUGGGUGUUAAAGUCAAAAGACAAAAAUUCAGGCGAGUGCGAAAAAUGUCUGAUGAUGAGGAUGAUGAGGCAGAAGAUUAUGGAAAGGAAGAACACGAGAAAGAAGCCAUUGCUGAAGAAAUCUUUCAGGAUGGUGAAGGCGAGGAAGGAGGGGAAGCUGUGGAAGCUCCUGUUGCUCCACAGGAAGAGGAAGAGGAGGAGGAGGAAGAUGAAUCUGACAUUGAUGACUUCAUUGUGGAUGAUGAUGGACAACCUCUGAAGAAGCCAAAAUGGAGAAAGAAGCUUCCAGGAUACACAGAUGCUGCUUUGCAGGAAGCCCAGGAAAUCUUUGGUGUGGACUUUGACUAUGAUGAGUUUGAGAAGUACAACGAGUACGACGAGGAGAUGGAGGAGGAGUACGAGUACGAGGAUGAGGAGGCGGAAGGGGAGACGCGCGUGCGGCCCAAGAAGGCGGCCAAGAAACGCGUCAGCCGCCGCAGCAUCUUCGAGAUGUACGAGCCCAGUGAGCUGGAGAGCAGCCACCUCACGGACCAGGACAACGAGAUCCGCAUGACAGACAUGCCUGAGAGGUUCCAGCUGAGAUCCAUCCCAGUGAAGAGUGCUGAAGAUGAUGAGCUGGAGGAAGAAGCUGACUGGAUUUAUAGGAAUGCCUUUGCAACGCCCACCAUCUCCUUGCAGGAAACUUCUGACUACCUUGACCGUGGACAAGCCAGCAGCUUCGGCCGCAAGGGGCCCAGCACCAUCCAGAAGAUUAAAGAAGCCCUGAAUUUCAUGAGAAAUCAGCAUUUUGAGGUCCCGUUCAUUGCCUUCUACAGAAAGGAGUAUGUGGAGCCAGAGCUGCACAUCAACGACCUGUGGAGGGUCUGGCAGUGGGAUGAGAAGUGGACCCAGCUGAAGAUCCGCAAGCAGAACCUGACUCGACUGUUUGAGAAGAUGCAGGCCUACCAGUAUGAGCAGAUCUCUGCUGACCCAGACAAGCCCUUGGCUGAUGGAAUAAGGGCCCUGGAUACUACUGACAUGGAGAGGCUGAAGGACGUGCAGUCCAUGGACGAGCUGAAGGACGUGUACAAUCACUUCCUGCUGUACUAUGGCAGAGACAUCCCCAAGAUGCAGAAUGCUGCCAAGGCCGCUCGCAAAAAGCAAAAGCGGAUCCGGGAGGAUGGUGAAGAAGAGGAAGGUGAAGGGGAGGAUGCAGAGGAUGAUGAGCAGAAGGGGCCUGAGCUGAAGCAGGCUUCCCGAAGGGAUAUGUACACCAUCUGCCAGGCAGCUGGGCUGGAUGGCUUGGCUAAGAAAUUUGGUCUGACACCUGAGCAGUUUGGAGAGAAUCUCCGAGACAGUUACCAGCGUCACGAGACAGAGCAGUUCCCUGCAGAGCCCCUGGAGCUGGCCAAGGAUUAUGUGUGUAGUCAAUUCCCAAGCCCAGAAGCAGUGCUGGAAGGAGCUCGGUACAUGGUGGCUUUGCAGAUCGCCAGGGAGCCCCUGGUCAGACAGGUCCUGAGACAAACUUUCCAGGAACGAGCUAAAAUCAACAUUACACCAACCAAAAAGGGGAAGAAGGAUAUUGAUGAAGCCCACUAUGCCUAUUCUUUUAAAUACAUGAAGAACAAGCCUGUGAAGGAGCUGAGAGAUGACCAGUUCCUGAAAAUGAGCCUGGCAGAGGAUGAGGCACUGCUCACCAUAGAUAUCAGCAUUGACAUGAAAGGAGUGGAGGGUUAUGGCAGUGACCAGACAUACUUUGAGGAAAUCAAGCAGUUCUAUUACCGGGACGAGUUCAGUCACCAGGUGCAGGAGUGGAAUCGGCAGCGCACCAUGGCCAUCGAGCGUUCCCUCAACCAGUUCCUCUACGUGCAGAUGGCCAAAGAAUUAAAGAACAAGCUCUUAGUGGAGGCCAAGGAGUAUGUCCUCAAGGCUUGCAGCCGCAAACUUUACAACUGGCUGAAGGUUGCUGCAUACAGGCCAGACCAGCAGGUGGAGGAAGAUGAUGAUUUCAUGGAUGAGAACCAAGGGAAGGGGAUCCGGGUGCUGGGCAUUGCCUUUUCAUCAGCCAGGGACCACCCUGUGUUUUGUGCCCUCGUUAAUGGAGAGGGUGAGGUGACAGAUUUCCUCCGACUGCCACAUUUCACAAAGAGAAGGAAUGCCUGGCGUGAGGAGGAGAGGGAAAAGAAGGCCCAGGAUAUUGAAACAUUGAAAAAAUUCCUCCUGAACAAGAAGCCUCACGUGGUGACCAUUGCAGGCGAGAACAGAGAUGCUCAGAUGCUGAUGGAGGAUGUAAAGAGAAUUGUUCAUGAGCUGGACCAAGGGCAGCAGCUGUCCUCAAUCGGAGUGGAGCUGGUGGACAAUGAACUGGCCAUCCUCUACAUGAACAGCAAGAAGUCUGAGAAUGAAUUCCGGGAUUACCCCCCUCUGCUGCGCCAGGCCGUGUCCCUCGCUCGCCGCAUCCAGGACCCCCUCAUCGAGUUUGCCCAGGUCUGCAGCUCUGAUGAGGAUAUUCUCUGCCUGAAACUCCACCCUCUGCAGGAGCACGUGGUGAAGGAGGAGCUGCUGAACGCGCUCUACUGCGAGUUCAUCAACCGCGUGAACGAGGUGGGGGUGGAUGUGAACAGGGCCAUUGCCCACCCCCACAGCCAGGCUCUGCUGCAGUACGUGUGUGGCCUGGGACCACGCAAAGGCACUCACCUGCUGAAGAUCUUAAAACAAAACAACACCCGUCUGGAGAACAGGACCCAGCUGGUUACAAUGUGUCACAUGGGACCCAAAGUGUUUAUCAACUGUGCUGGCUUCAUCAAAAUUGACACAGCAUCACUGGGUGAUAGCACUGAUUCCUACAUUGAAGUCUUAGAUGGCUCUAGGGUCCAUCCUGAAACCUAUGAAUGGGCCAGGAAAAUGGCAGUGGAUGCCCUGGAAUACGAUGAGUCAGCUGAGGAUGCAAAUCCUGCAGGAGCUCUGGAGGAGAUCCUGGAAAACCCCGAGCGCCUGAAAGACCUGGAUCUCGAUGCCUUUGCUGAAGAACUGGAAAGACAGGGCUAUGGUGACAAGCACAUCACUUUGUAUGACAUCCGAGCUGAGCUGAGCUGCAGAUACAAGGAUCUGAGAACCCCGUACCGCUCUCCCAACACAGAGGAGGUCUUCAAUAUGCUGACCAAAGAAACUCCUGAGACAUUUUACAUAGGUAAAAUGAUCAUCUGCAAUGUGACUGGGAUUGCCCACAGGCGCCCACAGGGAGAGAGCUACGACCAGGCAAUACGGAAUGAUGAAACUGGCCUUUGGCAGUGCCCCUUCUGCCAGCAGGACAACUUCCCAGAGCUCAGUGAGGUUUGGAACCAUUUUGACAGCGGUUCCUGCCCAGGUCAGGCCAUUGGAGUGAAGACACGUCUGGAUAAUGGCGUUGCUGGCUUCAUCCCAACAAAAUUUCUAAGUGACAAGGUGGUCAAGAGGCCAGAAGAAAGGGUGAAGGUGGGAAUGACCGUCCACUGCCGCAUCAUGAAGAUUGACAUUGAGAAGUUCAGUGCAGACCUGACCUGCAGGACCUCAGACCUGAUGGACAAGAACAAUGAGUGGAAACUGCCCAAAGACACCUACUACGACUUCGACUCUGAGGCAGCAGACCACAAACAGGAAGAAGACAUGAAAAGAAAGCAGCAGAGGACAACGUACAUCAAGAGGGUAAUUGCUCACCCAUCAUUCCACAACAUCAGCUUCAAGCAAGCAGAGAAGAUGAUGGAGACCAUGGACCAAGGGGAUGUGAUCAUCCGGCCCAGCAGCAAAGGGGAGAACCACCUGACUGUCACCUGGAAGGUCAACGAUGGCAUCUACCAGCACGUGGAUGUCCGGGAGGAGGGCAAGGAGAAUGCCUUCAGCCUGGGCUCCAUGCUCUGGAUCAACACAGAGGAGUUUGAAGACCUGGAUGAAAUUGUUGCUCGUUAUGUCCAGCCAAUGGCUUCUUUUGCCAGAGACCUGUUGAACCACAAAUACUAUCAGGACUGCAAUGGUGGAGACAAGAAGAAGCUGGAAGAGCUGCUGAUAAAGACCAAGAAAGAGAAGCCAACAUUUAUUCCAUAUUUUAUUAGUGCCUGUAAAGACCUACCUGGUAAAUUCCUCUUAGGAUAUCAGCCUCGAGGCAAACCAAGGAUAGAGUAUGUGACAGUGACACCGGAGGGAUUCCGCUACCGGGGCCAAGUCUUCCCUACUGUGAAUGGACUUUUCCGAUGGUUUAAGGAUCAUUAUCAGGACCCUGUCCCAGGUAUCACCCCCAGCAGCAGCAGUCGGACCAGGACUCCAGCCUCCAUUAAUGCUACUCCAGCCAACAUCAACCUGGCAGACCUGACACGAGCAGUGAAUGCUCUGCCACAGAACAUGACCUCCCAGAUGUUCAGUGCCAUUGCUGCUGUGACAGGCCAGGGACAGAACCCAAAUGCCACCCCAGCACAGUGGGGCUCCAGCCAGUACGGCUACGGGGGCAGCGGCGGCGGCAGCAGCGCGUACCACGUGUUCACAACUCCAGCACAGCAGCCAGUGGCCACCCCUCUGAUGACCCCCAGCUACUCCUACACUACUCCCAGCCAGCCCAUCACCACGCCCCAGUACCAGCUGCAGGCCAACACCACACCCCAGUCCACCCAGUCCCAGUCGCAGCCCUCAUCCAGCUCCAGGCAGAGGCAGCAGCCAAAGACCAACACCCACGCUGCCAUCGACUGGGGCAAGAUGGCCGAGCAGUGGCUGCAGGAGAAGGAGGCUGAGCGGAGGAAACAGAAGCAGAGGUUGACCCCUCGCCCUUCUCCCAGCCCCAUGAUCGAGAGCACGCCCAUGUCCAUCGCCGGGGACGCCACGCCUCUCCUGGAUGAGAUGGAUCGAUAGGACCUGACACCCGACACCUCCACUCUCCCGGCCCGGGGGAAGGAGAGGGAACAAUAGGAAGCGACUUCCCUUAGACACAUAACUCCUGUUUUAUACGCCGUGGGAUGGUGGGAAAUGACUCUUGGUGAUGUGCACCUGAGCGAGAGAAUAGACUUGGCAGGGCUGGUUUAAAAAUAUAUACUAUAUAUAAGAAAAAUAUAUCAUAGAAAGGAACACUGCAUCGGCCUCUGCGUUCUAGGCUCCGAUUUUGAGGCACCUUUGGGAACUUGGCAGAGCAGACGUGAGGUCAAAGGAGUCUGUCCUUGUACAUGCACAGCACUCUGCUUUCACCCCAAAGACUGGGAAGCAAAUGGAGCUGGAAGUGCAGUGCCCUGGAGUGAGCCUGUUUCCUUUGGAUCCUCCCAAACCCUGACUGUCACCUCCCCUCGUCCCGAGGCCACAAAGCAGAGUCGUGGGGGUUGUGACAAACGACCCAGAGUUCUCACCAAGUUCCUGUUGUUGUUUGCUCCAUGUUUUCAUGCGUGACAGGCUCAGCAGAGCCUGUGCCAGCCCCAGCUGUGUCUGGAGGGGUCCAGCACAGCAGCUCGGGGUCUUGCUGGAGAUGCAGCUGUUGUACCAAAGGCUUGCUCUCUCCUCUGGCUUCUUUUGGAACAAUAUUUAUUUAGUUUUGAUUAUUUUUUUUUAAUCGGACUGCGAAAUAAAGCGCCAGCCUGUGGCAGCUUCCCCAGGCAGACACGUGGGAUGAAGCAGCACGGAGCAGCCCGGAGUGCAUGGCCUCCUCCUCUGUACCCCCUUCCCUGCCCAGCUGUAACCAAGAGGGGUGAAUAAAUAGAGUUUUUACUGAAUG